UGCCGCGGCGCGCAGUCGGUGCUAAGCGACGCCAAGUGACGGACGCGGGCGCGCGUCUUCGAGGAGCGGCGGCGCGGAUCACGACCUCGCGGUCGGUCUGUUAGUCUCAGUGCGCUUGGAACAGAGAGAGAGAGAGAUGUACGGCAGCAAGGGGACAACGAUCGGAUGCUGGCUCGUGUGGUGCUACGUCUUCCUGACGUAUCACGUGGUCAGCGAAGCACCAGCCGACACUAGUGACGUCCUGGUGUUCACCGUCGCUUCCAACGAGACGGAUGGCUUUCGGAGGUACUUGAGGUCGGUCGAGGUCUACGGAUUUCGUGAAAACUUGAAGAUCCUCGGCCUGGGUAAGUCGUGGAAGGGCGGUAACGUAUUUUACGGCCCCGGCGGCGGAUACAAGAUUAAUCUUCUGAGAAAAGCCUUGGAGGAUUAUCGAAACGAUGAGAACAGAAUCGUCUUGUUCACUGACAGUUACGACGUGAUAUUCCUCGGUGGGCUGUCGGCGAUAGUCGAGCGAUUCCUGGAGACCGGCGCUCGAGUUUUGUUCUCCGCGGAGAGAUAUUGCUGGCCGGACAAAUCUCUCGCGAGCCACUAUCCACCGGUAUCGAGGGGCAAACGAUACUUAAACUCCGGAUCCUUCCUCGGAUACGCCACUGACCUGCUCGCCAUCCUGAACACCGCCCCCAUCGAGGACAAGGCCGACGAUCAGUUGUUCUACACGACGGUGUACCUGAACGACGAGCUCAGAGCGCGGCACAGGAUCAAGUUGGAUCACAAGUCCGAGAUAUUCCAGAAUCUCUUCGGUGCGGUAGCCGAUGUCGAGCUCAGGUUCAAGGGGGAAGAGGCGUAUCUUCAAAACAUCGUCUAUAAUACAGUACCCCUGGUGCUCCACGGCAACGGGCACAGCAAACUGGUCUUAAAUUCCCUCGGCAAUUACCUAGCUCGUGCCUGGACGUCGGACGAGGGAUGCCUGGCCUGCUGGGACAGAACCGUCGAGCUCGACAAGACCAAGCCGGAGGCGCACCCGGUCAUCCUGAUAGCCGUUUUCGUCGAACGGCCUACGCCCUUCCUGGAGGAAUUCUUCGACGCUAUUUACCGCCAGUCCUAUCCGAAGUCGAGGCUGCAUCUGUUCAUUCACAACGCCGUGCCGUAUCACGAGAGCGUGGUGAGCGGCUUUUACGAAAAGUUCAGCCGGGAAUACGUGAGCGCGGAGCACAUCUCGGCGGACCAAGCAGCCGACGAGGUGCACGCUAGGAAACUGGCGAUGAAGCACUGUCUGUUCCACAAGUGUUCCGGGUAUUUCUCGGUCGACUCGAUCGCCCACUUGGACAACGAACACGCGCUGAAGUUGCUGGUGGAGCAGCAGAGAGGGAUCGUCGCGCCCUUGCUGAUCCGGCCGUACAAGGCGUGGAGCAACUUCUGGGGCGCCAUUACGGACGACGGGUUUUACGCGCGGAGCUUCGACUACAUGGAGAUCGUGAGGAACCAACGCAGGGGGCUGUGGAACGUGCCGUUCGUGAGCAACUGCUAUCUGAUCAACGCCACCAUCCUGAACGACGAGUCGACCCGUCCGUUCUACGGAGACCCGGAUGAAAACCCGGACGCGGACACGGACACGGAGAUGACGUUCGCCGAGCGGAAUCGCCGGGCGGGUGUGUUCAUGUACGUGAGCAAUAGGCUCGACUUCGGCCACCUCGUCAACCUCGACACCUACGACGUCCAACUGACGCAUCCGGACAUGUACCAGAUCAUGGACAACAAGCUGGACUGGGAGAAAAGGUACAUUCAUGCCAAGUACAGCGAGAGCUUCGAUCCUGACAAGAAGCCGAUUCAGCCGUGCACCGACGUCUACUGGUUCCCCAUCGUCACUCGCAGAUUCACCAAGGAGCUCAUCGGGAUCGUCGAGAAUUUCGGACAAUGGUCCGACGGGUCGAAUCACGAUCCACGCUUGUCGGGCGGUUACGAGAACGUACCGACCCGCGACAUUCACAUGAAUCAAAUUCAGUACGAACCGCAGUGGUUGUACUUCUUGAAAGAAUACGUUAGACCCUUGCAGGAGCUCGUCUUCACCGGCUACUAUCACGAUCCGCCGCGAUCGCUGAUGAACUUCGUCGUGAGGUACCGUCCGGACGAGCAGCCGUCCUUGAGGCCGCACCACGACUCGUCCACCUACACCAUCAACAUCGCCCUGAACCAAGCGGGAGUCGAUUACGAGGGCGGCGGGUGCAGGUUCAUCCGAUACAACUGCUCGGUCACCGACACGAAGCCAGGCUGGAUGUUGAUGCAUCCGGGAAGGCUGACGCAUUAUCACGAAGGACUGCGAGUGACCGGGGGAACGCGUUACAUUAUGAUCUCUUUCGUGGAUCCGUGAUAGGAUACUCGAUAACUGCCGAAUACGACCUCCGUCAACGAGAGAGAGAGAGAUAUUCAUAAAUCACGGGCCGCCGCUAUAUUCGAAGAUAGAGAAAUACUUACUACUAUAGUUAAUAAAACGCGCGAGAGCGGGUAAAGAGCGACGAAGGAGGAGGGAAGAAAGAAAGAAGGAAAGACGACGUGAGAUUCCGGAGAGAUCCCGUACGAGCUCGUUUGCGUUGUUAUCGACCAGAAGGGAAACGUCAAUUUUCACCGAUGGACUGAAUAGUGCAUUUAACAAGCCGGGAAAACCGCUCGCGAUCGAUGUGUUAUUUUUCUACUCCAAUGUGUAAAUCGCGCGCCUAUAAUUAUGCUUCGUAUUUAGUACAAUCGCGCGCGGAUUUUUACGAAGAUGAAAAGCUGUAACGUAUGUAUAUGUACAUGUGAUUGAUACAUGUCUGAAUUCAUUGGUUUUCGAAUAUAUGUACACAGAUAAUAAAGCUUACAGCAUCUAACGUUACCAAG